AAUAAGGCUGGACCAGUUGAGGAAAUAUCCGAAUCCUCAAAAGGGAGCGAAAAUCUUGAAAUUAAGUCAAAAUUGGAGAGAGACCCAUAAAAACCCAGAACAAAUGACUGUUUAACCCAGACAUGAAUUUGGGUUUAAUUCCUUCCUCGAAACAGAAUAGAAUAGAAAACACAGCAAGUACCUCUCUACUUUGACAAACUCCAACUUUGGUAGAAUAUACCACAAUAUCUUCUGUUCUCGGGUUUAUUCAGGGGCUCCGCUCGUGGGUACUGACUAUCGAGCGAGCUCAACUUCAGAAAAUCAACAAUGGGUCGUUCUCGUGGAAAUUUUCAUUCUCCUGACGAGGACCCCACUCAAAGAUCAAGGAGAAAGAAAAAUGCAUCCAGCGGAGAAAAUUUAGAAUCUACCACAGCAGGUCAAGGAACUAGUGAAGGGAAAGCUUUAUACCAUUGCAAUUACUGCAACAAGGAUAUUACAGGGAAGAUUCGAAUCAAGUGUUGCACAUGUGCUGAUUUUGAUCUGUGCAUAGAGUGUUUUUCUGUUGGAGCUGAGGUGCAACCUCAUAAAAGCAAUCACCCUUACAGGGUUAUGGAUAAUUUAUCUUUUCCUCUUAUCUGCCCCGACUGGAAUGCAGAUGAUGAGAUACUGCUUCUAGAGGGAAUUGAAAUGUAUGGCUUGGGAAAUUGGACUGAAAUUGCUGAGCAUGUGGGGACAAAGAGUAAAGAGCAAUGUAUCAAUCACUAUACAGAUGUAUACAUGAACUCUCCACUAUUUCCUCUUCCGGACAUGUCUCAUGUUGUUGGAAAAAACAGAAAGGAACUUCUUGCCAUGGCUAAGGGGCAUAGUGAAGAGAAGAAAGGAUUACCCAUGAUUUCAGAGCUUGAUAUAAAAGAAGAAUCUCCAUUUUCUCCAUCAAGGAUCAAACUAGAAGAUUCACACAAAGCUGGCUCCUCUAGCCGUUUACUAUCUAGCUUAAAUACUGAUUCUGGGCCUCGUUCUAGUGGGGCAAACGUAGGUGCUGCUAACAAAAAGCCUAAUGCAACCCAUGUUAAAGAUGGUCCGAUUGUAAAAGUUGAAGAUCCUCAUACAGACAGGGGUUUUAAAGGGAAAAGGCCAGUUUUGGGGAAUGAAGGGUCUUUGGUUGAAAUGAGUGGUUAUAACUCCAAAAGAUUGGAGUUUGAUCCUGAAUACGAUAAUGAUGCUGAGCAGUUAUUGGCGGACAUGGAAUUCAAAGAUGCUGAUACUGAGGAAGAGCGUGAAAUUAAGUUGAGAGUGCUGCGUAUAUACGCAAAGAGGCUAGAUGAGAGGAAGCGUCGAAAGGAUUUCAUAUUAGAAAGAAAUCUGUUGUAUCCUAACAAUUUUGAGAUUGACUUAUUGCCUGAAGAGAAGGGAAUAUGUCGACGAUAUGAUGUGUUCAUGCGUUUCCAUUCCAAGGAAGAACAUGAAGAAUUACUUCGGACUGUCAUUUCAGAGCAUCGAACUCUUAAAAGAAUUCAAGAACUUAAGGAGGCACGCGCAGCUGGCUGUCGAACGUCAGUUGAGGCCAAUAGAUAUCUUGAACAAAAGAGGAAAAGGGAAGUUGAAGAUGUUGGUGGUAGAACAAAGGAAGGUGCUCAUGUUGGUCCAAGCAGUCAAGGAGGUGGUUUCAUGGCCUCUAUUGGAGACAUGGAUGUCAUGGGUUUUAAUGGUGCAGAUCUACUAUCUGAAGCUGAGAAACGGCUAUGUAGUGAGACGAGGUUAACUCCACCUAUAUAUCUAAAGAUGCAAGAGGUUAUGUCAGUUGAGAUCUUCAGUGGCAACAUUACUAAAAAAUCUGAUGCCCAUCAGCUUUUCAAAAUUGACCCUAGUAGAAUUGACAAAGUAUACGAUAUGCUCGUCAAGAAGGGUAUUGCUCAGCCUUGAAAUUAAUGAGCUUAUUAUUAUUAUUAUUAAUAUUUUUUUGUAUAUUUAUUUAUUAUUAUAUUAACAUUUUGUUGGAGCAAAAAGAAAAAGCCUACAAAAUGUGUAGAACAAACACGAGGGAUUCAGUCCAAUUAGAAAAGGAACUCCAUUAAUUAACCAACUGACCCAUCUCUCUCUCCCUCCCUAAAUAUGUUUAUGUAUAUAUAUGUCAGGUGUAGGAACACUGUUUAUAACUGUUGGAUUUUGAGGAACACGAAUCUCCAUUUUUAGUACUAACUUUUAUUUUUCUUUGAA